GUUGUCAGAGUUGGUUAACGUCGCGCUAAGCUAGCAGCUGGAGAGCUUUGCACUAAAUAUUAUAAAAUGUCAGCUACAGAAGAAACCACAGAGAUGAAUAUUCCCUGUGUGCUCAUCACUAGCUGUGACAGUGGUUUUAAAGAAGAAGAGCUGAUAAAACAGAUCCUCAGUACGAAGACUUUGCCCGAGCCCACCAAGCGAGAAGAAACGGUAGCCUGGUAUCCCUGGACAAUCAACAACAAGUAUUAUACAGCAGAUGUCAGGCUAUGUGUUGUACCAAGCACUUUUCAAAUGUCGUCAGAAAUUGCCCAGUCCAUGCAGGCUUUCAUCGCCUAUUUUGACAGUAAAGUGAAGGAUGGUCUGGAAAAACUACAUCCUUGGAUAUCAGUGGUGGAAGAUCUUGCUCCAGAGGUGCUCAUUCUGGUGUGUGACAGAGUCUGUGAAAAUGGGGUCACCAGACAUGAAGCACAGCAGUGGUGUUUGGCUCAUGCCUUUGAGCUGGUGGAGCUCAAUCCACAGGAGUUGCCAGAUGAAGAUGAUGACUUUCCAGAAUCCACAGGAGUAAAGAGAAUUGUCCAGGCUCUCAAUGCAAACGUGUGGUCCAGUGUGGAAAUGAAGGAUGGGUACAAUCAGGGGUUUGGUCUGAUGAGCAGUUUGGUGGCUUCCAGACACAACAAUCCACGGACCUGCCAAGAUCCCCCAUCUUCCAACUUGCCAGUAGAGGGCACACUUGAUAAUGAGGAGGCCAACCAUACAGAAAGUAGUACCAAUGCAGACACACAAGAGGACACAGUAGUUGAUGCAAUGACUGAUUUGGACAUUCAGGAGCUUGCUAAUCUGACAGCUGGAGAUGCAGAUGUGGAUAACUUUGAACGCCUCUUUACGAAAUUAAAAGAGAUGAAAGACAAAGCUUCUUCAUUACCUCAUGAGCAGAGAAAGGUUCAUGCAGAGAAGGUAGCAAAAGCGUUUUGGAUGGCCAUUGGUGGCGAUGUAGAUGAGAUAGAUGGGUUAUCAUCGGGUGAGGAAAGCUAAGAGUAGCUACCUGUGACUCCGUCUCCUUUCUCCUGAUCCUCCUCCUUUCCUGGGGCUCCCACAAGAUCCAGCGCCCUUUGACCUGCUUCUUGCACUUGGAAUGUGGAGAUGCUUACAGAUGGCACUGUAGGCAUAGUUGUGUUUAGAAACUUUUGAUUAUUAAAAUGAAACGAUUGCAAUACUGGUGUAUAGUGAGAAGCAGAUGGAAAUCCUUAAUAGGGAGAGAAGAGAGCCCUUGUGUGGCCCUGACCCUCAAUCUUCUCCCCUGGGUCCCUUCACUAUGCUUAAAGCCCUCAGUGAACCUCAGCACAUGAUGGUGUUGCAGGUGGAAAAACAUGAAAUUAAAUUGUGUGGGCUUUGAUUUGUGUAUUUGUCCUUUAGGUACAGUUGUCACAUAUAUUUUCAAGUGACAUAAUGUGCCUUAUCCUUAGAGUUGUAAGAGAUGUAAUGCACAUUCUGUUGAAUCAACAUAAAGACUUGUGAUUUUAA